GUCAAUGAUGAGCUGGCAUGUAUUCUGAAUCCGAAGUUGAUUAUUACUACUUUAGCUCUAGAAUUACUCUGAGACCUGAAAAAUUACCCGAAUCUUACCACGGCUUUAGUGCUUACAGUUUUUGUGUGGCAAGAUGAAAUCAAAGUGAAAAAUUCAAAUGGCACACCGCAGAAGGAUGUUACUAUCAAAUCAGAUGCACCUGACACCCUAUUGUUAGAGAAGCAUGCAGAUUAUAUUGCAUCCUAUGGCUCAAAGAAAGACGAUUAUGAAUACUGUAUGUCUGAGUAUUUGAGAAUGAGUGGUAUCUAUUGGGGUCUGACUGUAAUGGAUCUCAUGGGACAACUACAUCGGAUGAAUAGAGAAGAAAUUCUGACUUUUAUUAAGUCAUGUCAACACGAGUGUGGUGGAAUAAGUGCUAGUAUCGGACAUGAUCCUCAUCUUUUGUACACUCUAAGUGCUGUCCAGAUUCUUACUCUGUAUGAUAGUAUUAAUGUUAUUGAUGUAAAUAAAGUUGUGGAAUAUGUUCAGAGUCUACAGAAAGAAGAUGGUUCUUUUGCUGGAGAUAUUUGGGGAGAAAUUGAUACAAGAUUCUCUUUUUGUGCGGUGGCAACUUUGGCCCUGUUGGGGAAGUUAGAUGCUAUUAAUGUGGAAAAAGCAAUUGAAUUUGUUUUAUCGUGUAUGAACUUUGAUGGUGGAUUUGGUUGCAGGCCAGGUUCUGAAUCCCAUGCUGGACAGAUCUAUUGUUGCACAGGAUUUCUGGCUAUUACUAGCCAGUUGCAUCAAGUAAAUUCUGAUUUACUCGGUUGGUGGCUUUGUGAACGACAGUUACCAUCAGGUGGACUCAAUGGAAGGCCAGAGAAGUUACCAGAUGUAUGCUAUUCAUGGUGGGUGUUGGCUUCCCUAAAGAUAAUUGGAAGGCUUCAUUGGAUUGAUAGAGAGAAACUGCGAAGUUUCAUUUUAGCAUGUCAAGAUGAAGAAACAGGAGGAUUUGCAGAUCGACCAGGAGAUAUGGUGGAUCCUUUUCAUACUUUAUUUGGAAUUGCUGGAUUGUCACUUUUGGGAGAAGAACAGAUCAAACCUGUUAGUCCUGUUUUCUGCAUGCCUGAAGAAGUACUCCGGAGAGUGAAUGUUCAGCCUGAACUAGUGAGCUAGACAGUGAGACAUUGCUUAGUAUAGUUUUGCUAUCUUAACAAAAGUGCUUAUCAAACUUCAUGUGCUUAAAGUGCUUAUCAGAUUUAAAAGCUGUGUUACUAUUUUGUAUAUGAAUAUUAAUUAUGUACUUAUACAUAAUGUAAAAUAAAGAUCUUUAUUGUAUCAGCUUUAGAUUACCUUCUGCAAUGCUAUUAUUCUGAGUACAAUUAUUUGUUUCUGCUUCAGUGUAUUUAUUUGUAUGUUUCCUUAACAGCAAGCUCAGUUUAAAGAACUAUUUAAAGAAGUAUUGUGUUCUACUUGAUGUUUUCCAUGUGCUUCUUUCAUGUUAUAUAAUAAUGGCUAAUGUAAAUUGGUCUAUGUCAAUGAGAAUGUGAAUGUUAAUAAAAAUUGAUAAACCCAUCCAUAUAUGAAUUAAAAGAUGCACAAAAAUAAAUGGCUUUUGAAAUUUG